AUGUCUGCCAAUGCCACUGUGCUCGAGGAGACCGCCAGAGCCCUCAUCGAGCCCCGGAAGGGCGCUUUUUUGGGAUUCCUCUUCUCUGGAUUCAUGGCAGACACUAUCCUCUUGGGUGUCAUGAUGCACCAGACCCAACACUUUUUCCGCUAUGGACGUAAAGAAUUCUCUCACUGGGUCUCGGUGGACACCCUAAUCCUCAUGAUCUUCCAUCUCGCCAUCACCUUCUACACAUGGUCAUACCUGCUCGACAUAUUUGCCUACAAGUUCGGGGAAUAUUCUUCGUUGACGGCGAAGCAUUGGAUUGGCUAUUACAAUGUCAUGGACGCCGUGCCCAUCGCAUUGUCACAUUUCGCCUACAACGCCUACAAAUUCAACAGCAGAAACAAGUUUAUACCCAUCCUCACUGGCUCCUUCAUUUUGAUAUCAGCAGGUGCUUCCUUUGCCAGUUCAACAUUCUUUUUGAGACAGGAAACUGCUCUCGAUCCCCUUAGUACCAAUAUGCAGAUCGCCUCCUGGAUCUGGAUUGCCGGCGCCCUGACUGCAGACACCAUCAUCGCCAGUGGAAUCAUGUACGCGCUCCUGUUUGACAAAGUCAGUUCGCCCACCUUCACCGGGCGUCUCGCCCUUCUCCGAAGACUGGCACAUCUGACUAGGGAGUGUCAGCUACCACCUUUGGUCUUGCACUUGGCUGUGCUGAUCAUCUACCGCGGUCGCUUCAGCAAUCUGGCAUUCUUCUUCAUACAGCGUUUCAUGUCCAAGAUCUAUCCCGUGACGAGACUGUGGGUCAUCAACGCGCGAUACAACCUCCGCGCUUCUCGCAACAUUGGACACUCCACCGACGGAGAGGGAACGAGCCAAUCGCAAUCUUUCAGUAUGAACAAGUUGCCUGAAAGGACCGUCAUUCACGUCCAAACGGAGACCUACGAUGACAAGGACCUCAACUCCCAAAAGACUUUGGUCCCUGCUGCCGGGCCGCCUCAUAUCCAGCUCUCAUCCCCAAGACACAAGACCCUCCGUGGCCACCACCCCGAAUCCCUAUCCUCCAAUGAAUCUGAAGAGUACACAGAUUCGACAUACAAAGAACCGGUGGAUGGCAGGAAUGGGAGUGUGGUGGGGCUGGGCGGUGACGGGGAUAGUCGGAGGGGGUUGACUUUGAGGAAUUGA